CACAAAUGAAUGCUUCGUUCUACACACCAAAAGACUUGAAAAACUCGAACGACUGCAUGUCAAUUGUCCCACAAUGUCAAAAGAAUCCGCUCCGAAGCGCAAAUCUUCGACCAAAGAUGGCCGUCCAACAAAGAAGCUCAAAUCCGACGACAAGGCGAAGACAAAGGAUAAGCCUGUGAACGAGAAGCUAAAGGCGGCUUCCGACGCCAAAAGAUCUCGAAAACGUGCUGCGGACUUCAUCGAGGAAGAGGCUGCGGCCGUCGUUGAGCCGGCUGGGGAUAGCCCCAAGCAAAAGAAAGCAAGGACCUCAAAGAAGGUUGAGAUUGUUGAGCCCACACCUACCACCAUAUCCAAAACGAAAGCCAAGAAGGAAGAGAAAGCCGCUUCGAAGGAAGCGAAGAAAUCCAAAGACAUGGCCUCGAAGAGGAAGGCGUCAUCGGAAGAGGAGGAGAAGAUUGCGUUGCCUUCUUCUGAGGACGAGGAAGAAGACGUGGCAGCCCUGCUAGCAGGCUUCUCCAGUGACGAAGGCGAAGGCGACGAUGUGGAGGAAGGUGUGCCGCUUGAUCAAAUCCCAGACGCGAAGAUGGACAAGAAGUCCAAGAAGGCACUCGAGAAGGCCAGUGAAAAGGCCGCUGAGGAGGACAGACCGGGAACCAUCUACGUCGGCCGAAUUCCGCACGGUUUCUACGAACCACAGAUGCGUUCCUACUUUACCCAGUUUGGGACGGUUCUCAACCUUCGACUAGCUCGUAACAAGAAGACCGGCUCCUCGAAGCACUACGCUUUCGUUCAAUUCGCGUCAUCCGAGGUUGCAGACAUAGUCGCACGUACCAUGAACAACUACCUCAUGUUCGGGCACAUCCUCAAGGUGCGCGUCGUGCCCGACGAGCAAAUACACCCCGAGAUGUGGAAAGGUGCGAACAAGAGAUUCAAGGUUAUACCGAGGGGGAUGCUGGAACGAAAGGAAAUGGAAAAGAGCAAAGGCCGGGCGUAUUGGAAGGGCAAAGUGGACAAGGAGAAGGAAAAGAGAGAGAAGAAGAGGAAGGAGAUGAUGGCGCUGGGGUACGAGUAUGUCCCACCAGCUCUGAAGAGCGUGGACGACGUGCCGAUGAAGGAGGUCAAGGCUGAUGCUGGCGCGAAGAGCGCUCAGCAGAAGGAGGAGGCACCGCUGAAGGCAAUCGCAGACGCACCCGCCGAAGUCGACGAAGUGCAGGUCGAAGUCGAGAAGGCCAUCGCCGCAAAGAAGACGUCGUCGACGACGACGUCGAAGAAGAAGAAGGAGAAGGAGAAAGUUAACGCCAAGGCGGCGAAGAAGUCGAAGGCUUAGACGAGCCGCAUCAACGUCGUAGCGACACUGAAUUUCAAAGGGGUUUUCUUUUCUUUUCGUCUCUCCCCUUCUUGGCCCCCUGGGGUCCCUACAUCACCGCGUCAAUAUUCUCCGCCCUCCCCCCGUUCGCUGUCCCUACGAGACAGCCUUCCGUGCUCUUCCACUUUCCGGGCGCGACUGCAGAGUCGCAAUGCAACCGUCGACGUAGCAGCCCGGGGGCAGCUUUUUAUUUUCCCGAACGUGCCGUUGACCUCACCCUGCGCGUGCGGUCCUCGGCCCGUUGUUCUUGAAUUCCAUGCCAGCACGAAAGGU